UGGUCGAGGAGCUUUACUUUCCAAUAAUAUAAACAUGUCUACUGCUUGCCUGGCUUGAACCAAGGCUUACAAGGGACUAUGCAGUUCUACAUCAAACUGUAUAAAACUCUCAUUAUGCAUUUGCCUUGUGUUGUUGCAGGGCUAAAUCUUUAUUAUUGGUAGAGAAUAUGCACAUAGCUGCACGUGCACGCGUGAGGAAACGAGGAUACCCUGCUGUCGCUGCUGCAAGAAAGAGAGAGGGGAUUCUGCCGUGCUUUCAUCAAUAUAAUCACCAUCCUAAGUACUAGCUCUUAACAUUUUGUUUUUCGGUGUUCAGGCGAGAAGUGACAAGAAUAUAGACCCCUCCUCUGCAGGGCGGAGCGUGCAUUUUCAUUUCGUAUUUUGUAUUUUGUAUUUUUUUUUUUCUACCCCUGUUCCCUGCUCUGACACGUCUGCACUGAGUGAGUGGCAUUGGCACACUGUCAAUCGCUCACUACCGCUGCCAUCAAACAACAUAAAACACACACAGGCAGAAGCAGGAGCUCAUAAAUUUCAGCAGGGCUAGAUAUUUUUUUUCCGCAUCGCCUUUAUACAGCGUUGUGUCCUAAUUAAUUUUUUCUCGUUGUUGCUUUUUUUUUUUUUUUUUUAAACCGAAAUCUCCCAACUUUUUUUUGUACAUUUCAUAUUUUUAUAGACACAUUUGGACACCUUAUGCCGCAGAUUGUGUAUUUUUUUUAAUGCUGUCAGUUGUCGCGGGAAUCAUUUCUGCACAUUUAUAGUUGGCAACACCUGCAAGAUUUUUUUAUUUGUUUACACGUUUCCACAUUGGAUAUUUUUGUUGCCGGUGCUUCGCUAGGAGGAUUUGGACAUUUUGGAGAAGGAAUGCGCCGGGAAUCCCACGAAGAGCGCUAAUAAAUGAGAGAUCACAAGGAGCGUUUCUGUCUACACCACCCGUUAAAUCCCAGAGAAAAGACAGAUUGGCAUGAGGAUCCGCGCGGAUACGAUGGACCGUCAAUUUUGACAAAGAAGUGUUAAGAAGAAGAAACAAGAUUUAUGCAUUUUUCUACAAACAUAGUUACGCGUUUUGGCACUUUGGACCGCGCGUAAAAAAGCGAGAGGACAGCAACUUGGACACAAGAUUUACGCUUUAACAUCACUGCUAUCGGCUUUUUCUUUUUUAAACAAACGUGUGUAGCCUGUGUCGCUGAAGAAUCUCAGCCGUGCAUCCUUCUUAUCUGCGGCACGUGUUAUAACCGAUUUCGUAUAUGAGUUUUUCAAUUUGUGUGGCUCAGUGCACAGACUCUUUAGCGGCUAGUAUGGACGAUCAAGCCCGGAUCAUGCAGUCGAUCGGCGGUGUCAGUCUGGCUGGCCACUCGGUACAAGGAGGCAUGGCAUUGCCGCCUCCACAUGGACACGACGGGACAGACGUAGACGGAAGAAAGCAAGACAUUGGUGACAUUCUCCAUCAAAUAAUGACCAUAACUGAUCAAAGUCUGGACGAGGCGCAAGCAAAAAACAGGAAACAUGGACUGAACUGUCACAGAAUGAAACCUGCACUCUUCAGCGUUCUCUGUGAAAUCAAAGAAAAGACAGGUCUCAGCAUCCGUGGUUCCCAGGAGGAGGACCCCCCAGACCCCCAGCUCAUGCGUUUGGACAACAUGCUGCUGGCAGAGGGCGUGGCAGGACCAGAGAAAGGUGGCGGAUCCGCCGCCGCCGCAGCUGCAGCCGCGGCCUCCGGAGGGGCGGCCGACAACUCCAUUGAACAUUCCGACUACAGAGCCAAACUCACCCAGAUCAGACAGAUCUACCACACAGAGCUGGAGAAAUACGAACAGGCAUGCAACGAAUUCACUACCCAUGUGAUGAACCUGCUGAGGGAACAGUCUCGCACGCGGCCCAUCUCCCCCAAAGAGAUUGAGCGUAUGGUGGGAAUCAUCCACCGUAAAUUCAGCUCCAUCCAGAUGCAGCUGAAACAGAGCACCUGUGAGGCUGUCAUGAUCCUGCGCUCCAGAUUCCUUGAUGCCAGGCGGAAAAGGAGAAACUUCAGCAAGCAGGCGACGGAAAUUUUGAACGAAUACUUCUACUCGCACCUCAGCAACCCGUAUCCAAGUGAGGAGGCUAAGGAGGAGCUGGCGAAGAAGUGCAGCAUCACAGUUUCCCAGGGGGUGGGAAGCACCAUCACAGUAUCACAGGUAUCCAACUGGUUUGGCAACAAAAGGAUCCGGUACAAGAAAAAUAUCGGCAAGUUUCAGGAAGAAGCCAACCUGUAUGCCGCCAAGACUGCUGUAAAUGCAGCACACGCUGUAGCCACUGCAGUGCAGAACAGCCAGGCCAACUCCCCUACCACACCUAACUCUGGAUUCCAGAUGAAAGAUGAAGAGUUUCAGCUGGAUUCUGCAGAGAGCAAAAACACUCUUUUAACCAACAUGUUUACUGGUUCUUCAGGUUCUUUUAACCUCCCAAACUCUGGGGACAUGUUCUUGAGCAUGCAGAGUCUGAAUGGGGAUUCUUACCAAGGGGCACAAGUCGGAGCCAAUGUACAGUCACAGGUGGAUACCCUGCGCCAUGUUAUCAGUCAGACGGCAGGAUACAAUGAUGCUCUUGGGAGGAACACAAUGUAUAGUCCACAUGGGUUAACUGCUAAUGGGGGAUGGCAAGAUGCACCGACUCCGUCUUCUGUAAUAUCUCCGACAGAAGGACCCGGAAGUGUGCACUCCGAUACCUCGAAUUGAUCCGCUGUUAAUGCAUCUUCGCCUCAAACUGGGCAUGGACUCUUUUCACUGACUGCAGAGGAUAUACAAAAAAAAAACUACUUUUCCCAACAGAUUGGUUUGUCCUGUACCUUAAAACUUGCCACACACAAAUGACAUCAUCAUUAACACCCACCAGUGUUUCCUGAUCGUUCAGUGUUUUCUUUCUGUCUACAUAAAUCAGAUGUGAUCAUCAUGCUCUUAUUUGUUUGUCGUAGGGGUAAGCACACACAUGUACAAACAGAAAACAGCUCUGAGGUGGCACUCAGUAAACUUUCAGGAUAAUUAGCUCCUCUGAACUUAAAGUACUUGAUGACAUUCACACAUUUCAUUUGACAUUUUAAAUGCAGCCAUUUGUUUGAUUCUUGCUUUAAUUGCUACUCCCAUUUUGAUAAUUGGGUUCUCUUUCAGUUCUUACAAUACAUAGAUUAAAGCAGCUGUUUCUUUGACUGUAAUGUGAAUGCAAUCUUGUCCAGCAACUCAACAAUGCUACUGUUGACAGCUCAAUGGCAGCUUUGUAGUUACUUUCAAGAUUUAUUUUUGCCUUACAGCCGUGUACAUUAGUAGAAGGAAAUGGCUAUUCAAACUCUGGAACAUAAAGAAUUGUAAUUGAUUGCUUGACUAUAACAUGACACCAUUCCAUAUUUUAUCAUUUGAUGUUUAGUAUGUACAUAUGUAAACAUUUUUUUUUUUGUACUGCUUAUCAACAAAUCCCCCACAGUAUAUCAUUCCUUCAUGGCGCACAUGAGCAGGCCCCAUUACACAGGAAAAGUUGUACAUAAUAUAGCUCAAGAGUAAUUAUACAUCCCACAAAUCAAAACACAGCUUUAUUACCUCAUUCAAAUUCACACAAAAAAACAAUAAUUUCCAACAUUUCUGUAGCUUAGAGUGCUCACUUACUACCUCUAAACAAUAUCACCACCAUAGUUUCCUUUGCCCUUAUUUAAUGUUUUUAUAGUUAUUUUGAUUACAUCCUGUAACACUGUAAACUCUACAUCCUCUAUGUAAUCUAAUGUAUAUUUUAAUCUUUUAAUAAAAUGCUGUUGCUGUACUGCAACUUAAAAUGACAAAAAUAAAAAAUGAUAACAAUAUUAAUACCAUGAAAACAAGACGGGGGGGGGGGUGAAGAAGAAGUUGUUGGUCUGUGGCUUUUACGAGGGGGUGCGAUUAACAUUGUUGAUAAAUUAACACCAAACAGUGAAACUGUUGUAAAUAUUGAAGAAGAAAAAAAAACAUUUUGAAUGUUGCUCAUCUUGUUACUAAAUCAUGCAGAAAAAAGAGAAAAAAAAAUCACUAUAAAAACUGUAAUGCAUAGAGGUUUCAGUAUUCAGAACUGUACAUUUCCAGCUCUGUUCAACAGGGUUCAAAACUUGUUUUCUCUCUUUUCUAUUGUAUGUGAUUCUGAAACUGAAAAAGUCAUGACCAAUGAUUUGUGGCAGUGAUUCUAAUGUAUUAAAGAUGUUUAGUGUUACUUUCUAACCAGACUACACCCUGGACUGAAAAGUCUUCCUUGUGGUAGUUGUGUAAUUUCAAACAUGAAUAAAGCUUUUGCUUUCAUGACAGCAA